AUGAUUUACAAUUAUGAGGAACUUUACGGGAUUCCAAAGGACGAUUUUCCAGAAGAAUUAGACAAUAACGAGUUCUCGAUAAUUGGGAGCGAAGAUGAGGGCAUCUUGACCCUAAAAUUGCCGAAAUCACUGAAUUUGAAAAGGCCAGACCCUAGCGAUACGGUAGGAAUCGAUGCUGAAAUUGUAGCUCUGCUGGACAAACUGGAUCUCGGUUCGAAAUUGCCCGAAUGUCAGAAUAGGUGCUUACAGGUGAGAUCAGUCAGACGGGAUGCGCCGUUGAAAGAGCCAAGAACGCCAGUGGUAUCAGAUCUUUCGUACAUUACCUGCAAAGGAAAUGCUGAGCUUGAAGAUCCCAAGUUUGGUGCUGUUAGUCAGAAUAUAUCAAGGAAACUGCACGCAUUAGAGGCAGAGAACCAAGCAGAAAUUGAACAGGUCAAAACCCGCAAACGCAGGGACCAAGAAGAGCGUGCGAGGAUAAUUGAACAAGAACGUAAAGCCAGAGAAGCUCUGGAACGACAGAAACGAGAAGAUGCGGAGAAACAACGGAAACAAGCAGAAGAGGAAGCGAGACGGAAACAAUUGGAAGAACAAGAACGAAAAGAACAAGAACGCAAGCGAGAGGCAGAGUUAAAGAAGCAAAAAGAGGAAGAAGAGGCUCGCAAGUUACAAGAACAGCAAAUGAGGUCUCGCGGGUUCACAGAUUUCAAGAAGAUUAAUGAGACUUUGCAUAAGUACCGGCACCGGAUCAAGAUCAUUAAAACCGAGAUAGUAGAGCCUGUCAAGCAAGACGCUACGCUGAAAUCGUUAUUGUCUAAACAUCGGCGUAAGAUCAACCCUAAGUUCGGACAAUUGACGAACAGCCAGCAGCAAUUGCAAGCCAUUUUGAGUGAAUUGACGGGUCUCGUGGACCAGACCAGACCUAAUAAGUUGGGCUACGAAUGGAUUCUCAAUUUUAUCGCUAAAGCCAUAGUUUCGCAGGCAGAAACGGAAGUCAGAGUUAAACCUGAAAGCGCCUUGCCGCUGGGUAAAUUGGCUUUGGCACUCAUGAUUAGGUACCCAGAAUUGGUCGACUUCUUGAUGGCUCGAUUUGUGAAAAAAUGUCCCGUGGUGAUCGGAUACACUUGCAGCAUUGAUUCUGAGGAAGGCCGUAUACGAAUGGGAUGGCGUCGCAGUUCUGACAAUAAAUGGGAAGACGAGACUGCGUACGACGAAAGAAUGGGUGGAAUUGCGACGCUCUUCGCUUCCAUAACACGUCUACCUAUUCCACCAGAAAGUGCGGGGCCUGGCGGCACUCCGACAGUGCACCCGAUACCCAUUUCACAUUCUUGGCAGUUGGUCGCGCGAAUUGCCAACACGGACGCUGCACUUUUGACCAAUAUGCAUUUUGUCGUGCUGGGAUCUUGGUGGGACGCAACUGCUGCUCAGUUUUUGCUCGCAUAUGGGUUUCAGGCACGCAAAUUACUCGUCUUGAUCAGUACUGACCUUACGAACGUAGUAGCCGAUAAAAGGUACGUGGGAGCGGCCCGUUUACGGAUUUUGGCGGAAGAAUUCGAAACUUCGGGCUCGAUAAGCUCUUUCCCAGAAAUGACAGUGUGA